ACCACACGUUUAUUAAUUAACUGCCUUGCUGCAAUUUUUAACUCUUCAUAAGGUGAUGGAUCUUGGUGAUAUUCUCUCUUAUAAACCUGACACGUCCUCCAAGAGACCAAGACAAGAAGAGGAAGAGGAAGAAAAAGAUGAAGUUGCAGCUCCUCCAUUGAAGAAAAGCAAUGGCUCCAUAGCUGAAGGUGAAUUAACAGACGAACAAAAAUUAAAAUUAUUACAAAAUUUAAGCGAUGACGAAGAUGAAAACCCUGAAGUACUUGACGCUGGAGCCGUAAAGAGAAUGCUCCUCAGUUUUGAGAAGCAGGUACUCAAGAAUCAAGAAAUGCGGAUCAAGUUUCCUGACCAACCUGAUAAGUUUAUGGAGUCUGAAUUAGAGCUGAACGAUGAGAUACAGUCGCUCCACAUCAUAAGCACCGUCCCUCAGUACUACAGUCUGUUAAUAGGGGCGAGGACUAUCAACACACUCUGUAGCCUGCUCACUCACGAUAACUCUGACAUAUGUAUUGCUGUUAUUGAUCUACUCCAGGAACUAACUGAUACCUCUUCUAUUGAUGAAACUGAAUAUACUGAGGCACUGGUGGAAGAACUGCUCAAUGAGAAAUUAUUAGCUCUACUGGUUCAGAUAUUGGAAAGGUUGGAUGAGAAGGUAUCAGAGGACAAGGAAGGAGUCCAUAACACUCUGGCCAUCAUAGAGAACAUCAGUGAGAUACUCAACAAACCAGUCACCACAGCUGCUGGGGAACAGGGCCUCCUGACCUGGCUACUAAAGAGAGUUAGGAUAAGACAAUACGACGAGAACAAGUUAUACGCUUCGGAAAUACUCGCCAUAUUACUCCAAGACCACACCCCCAACCAGUCGUUGCUAGGCAACAGUGACGGUAUUGAUAUUCUCCUCCAGUCACUAGCGUACUACAAGAGGAGAGACCCACACUCGAGCGAUGAGAUAGAACUAAUGGAGAACCUGUUUGACUGCCUCUGCUCCUCGCUGAUGUACCCUCCUAAUAGAGACAAGUUCUUAAAGGGGGAGGGGCUCCAGUUGAUGCGUCUGAUGCUUCAAAGUAAGAAACUCUCAAGACGAAGUUCUUUAAAGGUUCUCAAUCAUGCCAUGUGUGGGGGCGGGGCAGAGUGUCGAGAUAAUUGUGAGAAGUUUAUUGAGAUAUUUGGUCUCGGGAGUUUGUUCCCGGCUUUUAUGAAGACCCCAAGAGGCGUCAAGAAGGGAACAGGGACGGAGGAACAAGAGGAACACGUCACGUCAAUAAUAGCAUCACUGUUUAGACACGUGAGUGGAGGUGGGAGGGACCGUCUAGUCAGCAAAUUUGUGGAGAACGAUCAUGAGAAAGUUGACAGAUUGUUAGAGCUACAUCUUAAAUAUAAGAAUAAAAUCAGAGAAGUUGAUGAGAGUAUUAGAAAUGAAAGACGUUAUCGUGUCACAACCGGAGGUGAUGAAGAAAACGAAGAAGAGAUGACCUUUCUAAGACGGCUAGAGGCUGGUCUUUUUAAACUCCAGCUAAUCGAUUACAUCAUCACUGAGCUCUGUCUCUCAGGGAUACCCUCAAUUAGAGGGCGUGUCAUUACCAUAUUAGGUCAAAGAGGCGGGGCAUUAGUUGACGUGGUUAACGUCAUGAGGGAAUACGUUGACGGACUCGGAGAAGAAAAUGAAGACGAGAAAGCAGAAAAGAAGAGACUAGCGGAACUUUUAAAGAACUUUGAAACUUCGAUAUAAUAAAAAUUAGUUUUUGAAUUGAAUAAUAACAAAAAAGUACAUACUUGAAACACUCCACUUAAUAAUAAUUUAGUGGCUCGUUAAACUAACAAAUUGUGGUAUCUUA